AGCCAUGAGAUCAUAACCUGAGCCGAAAUCAAGAGUCGGACGCUUAACUGACUGAGCCACCCAGGUGCCCUUAAUUUUAUAACUCUUGAAAUAGGUACUUUCAUCCUCGUUUUUGAAACUAAAAUGGAAGUAACUUGUUCGUAUUCUCAUAGCUGAAAGUUAGCAGAGCUGCAGUUCAAAUCUUAAGGAAUAUUACUCCGUAUCUCAUUGACCAGUACUCAUCACGGGUUUUGUUAAACUUUACGUUCUCCACAGCAGUGGUUCUCAAAGUGUGGUCCCUGGACCAGCAACAUCAACAUGACCUGGGGACUACUUCAAAAUGCUAAUUCUUGGGCCCAGCUAUGGUCUGAAUGUUUAUGUCCCCCCAAAAUUUGUAUGUUGAAAUCCAGAAAUACCGUAAAAGGAGGUGAGAUCUUUGGGAACUGAUUAGGUCACGAAGGUGGACUACUCAUAAAUGGGAUUAGUGCUCUUGUAAAAUAGAUCCCACACAGAAGGUGCUGGCUGUGAACCUUUAGUGAGGUCUCUCACUAAAAUGUGGCCACACUGAUGCCCUGAUCUUGGACUUUCCAGCCUCCAGAACGGUGAUCAAUAAAUCUCAGGUGUUUAUAGGCUGCCCAGGCUGUGGUGUUUCAUUAUAGCAGCCUGACUGGACUAAGAAAGUUGCUACCCUAGGCCUAUUGAAUCAGAAACUGGGAGUGAGAUGGAGGGUUUUUACUGUAUCUUAACAAGCCCUCGAAGUGUUUUGAAUCUACAUUAAAGUUUGAGAGCCUCUGCUCUCUGUGUCUAGUUCAGGGAACUUCACCUUGGUGCCUUGGUGUUGGCAGGAAAUGUUUAUGUGAUGAAUAUUGAGUAUGUGACCAUGUGGACAUUGUCUUCUAGGUUUCUUGUUGUCUCUGGGGAGCCCCUGGGUUAGAUCUUUCUCCAGACUCCAGCCUGCCUCCCCCAGCAGCUCUGCUUGGAUUUACAGAUGCCUACCAGGCUUUAGGCUCCUGAGAGAAUAAAGUUUGAGACCUACCAUGACGAUGUCAGCUAAUCAGACCUCGCCCCAAAAAUCCCUGAUCCUGGUUCCAGAGGAAUAUGACAGUUCAUAUGAGGGAUCGGUGUCCUUCAGGGAUGUGGCUGUAGAUUUCAGCAGAGAGGAGUGGCAGCAUCUAGACCUUGCUCAGAGAAACUUGUACCGGGAUGUGAUGUUGGAGACCUACAGUCACCUGCUUUCAGUAGGGUAUGAAGUUCCCCAACCAGAAGUUUUCAUGUUGGAGCAAGGAAAGGAGCCCUGGGCAUUGCAGGGUGAGAGCCCACAUCAGAGCUGUUCAGAAGAAUUGUGGCAGAUUGAUGACCAGACAGAAAGCUAUCAGCAAAGAGAAAACAAAUCUUUAAGAGAUGUUGUUUUCAUCAAGAAAAUACUGACUGCAAAGAAGGAUUAUGAAUAUAAGGACAUUAGAAAAAUAAUCCAUGUGAGCCAAAACAUUCUUUCCCCCAAAAGAGCCCAUCAGUGUGAUUCAUUUGGAAACGCUUUGAAGCAUAAUUUAGAUUUACACAGUCAUUAUAGAAACAGUGCAUCAAAGAACAUGAAUAAGAUUACUGAAUAUGGUAAAAUUUCUUCCUCUACUGACCCUGAGUGUUCUCCAACAGGAGAGAAGUUAUGGGACCAUAAUCAAUGUGGAAAUAUCCUCAGCUAUAAACAAGCACCCUCUCAACAUCAAAAAAUUCAUACUGGGGAGAAAUCUUACGAAUGUGCUGAAUUUGGAAAGAUCUUCACCCAAAAGUCACAGCUCAGGGUACAUAUGAAAGUUCAUACAGGAGAAAAACUCUAUGUGUGCAUUGACUGUGGGAAAGCUUUUGUAAAGAAUUCAGAAUUCAUUACACAUCAGAGAACCCAUACUAGAGAGAAGCCCUAUAAGUGCAGUGAAUGUGGAAAAGCUUUUUUCCAAGUAUCUUCUCUCUUAAGGCAUCAAAGAAUUCAUACUGGAGAAAAACUUUAUGAAUGCAGUGAAUGUGGAAAAGGCUUCUCUUACAACUCUGAUCUCAGUAUACACCAGAAAAUUCAUACUGGAGAGAGACACCAUGAAUGCAGUGAUUGUGGCAAAGCAUUUACACAAAAGUCCACGCUCAAGAUGCAUCAGAAGAUUCACACAGGUGAGAGAUCUUAUAUAUGUAUUGAAUGUGGACAGGCCUUCAUACAAAAGACACACUUGAUUGCACACCGAAGAAUCCAUACUGGAGAAAAACCAUAUGAAUGCAAUAACUGUGGGAAGUCCUUCAUUUCUAAGUCACAACUCCAGGUACAUCAACGAAUUCACACAAGAAUGAAACCCUUUAUAUAUACUGAAUAUGGGAAGAUCUUCAACAAUAGUUCCAAUCUCACUACACAUAAGAAAGUUCAAAUUAGAGAGAAAUCGUCCAUAUGUACUGAAUGUGGUAAGGCCUUUACGUACAGGUCAGAACUGAUUAUACAUCAGAGAAUUCACACUGGGGAAAAACCUUAUGAAUGCAGUGAUUGUGGAAAAGCCUUUACUCAGAAGUCAGCACUCACAGUGCAUCAGAGAAUUCAUACAGGAGAAAAAUCUUAUGUAUGCAUGAAAUGUGGACUAGCCUUUAUCCAGAAGGCUCACUUGAUUGCACAUCAAAUAAUUCAUACUGGAGAGAAACCUUAUAAAUGUGGCCACUGUGGGAAAUCCUUUACUUCCAAGUCACAACUCCAUGUACAUAAACGAAUUCACACAGGAGAGAAGCCUUAUAUGUGCGCUAAAUGUGGGAAGGCAUUCACCAACAGGUCAAAUCUCAUUACACAUCAGAAAACUCAUACAGGGGAGAAAUCCUAUAUAUGUCCUAAAUGUGGAAAGGCCUUCACACAAAGGUCAGAUUUGAUUACACACCAGAGAAUUCAUACUGGAGAAAAACCUUAUGAAUGUGGUACCUGUGGAAAAGCCUUUACCCAAAAGUCACACCUCAAUAUACACCAGAAAAUUCAUACCGGAGAAAGACAGUAUGAAUGCCAUGAAUGUGGGAAAGCCUUCAACCAGAAAUCAAUACUUAUUGUGCAUCAGAAAAUUCAUACAGGAGAGAAACCUUAUGUAUGCGGUGAGUGUGGUAGAGCUUUCAUCCGGAAGUCAAACUUCAUUACUCAUCAGAGAAUUCAUACUGGAGAGAAACCUUAUGAAUGCAGUGAUUGUGGGAAAUCCUUCACGUCCAAAUCUCAGCUCCUGGUGCAUCAACCAAUUCACACAGGAGAAAAACCGUAUGUGUGUGCUGUGUGUGGGAAAGCCUUUAGUGGCAGAUCAAAUCUCAGUAAACACCAAAAAACCCAUACAGGAGAAAAGCCCUACAUCUGUUCUGAAUGUGGGAAGACCUUCAGACAGAAGUCAGAGUUGAUUAUACAUCAUAGAAUCCACACUGGAGAGAAACCUUAUGAAUGCAGUGACUGUGGCAAAUCUUUCACUAAGAAAUCACAACUCCAAGUGCAUCAGCGAAUUCACACAGGAGAAAAGCCUUAUGUAUGUGCUGAGUGUGGGAAGGCUUUCACAGACAGGUCAAAUUUGAAUAAACAUCAGACAACACACACUGGAGACAAACCCUAUAAGUGUGUAGUCUGUGGGAAAGGCUUCGUCCAGAAAUCUGUGCUCAAUGUCCAUCAGAGUAUUCACACUUGAGAAGAACAGUGUGAGAAAACCUCAGUGAGAUCAGGUCUGAUUGUAUAUCAUUAAAUUUGUUAGCAGAAAAAUAUGCAUAUUAUAAGUAGAAAUACCCCAUCAAAGUGUCUCACAUUAUUGUAAAGAAUAGGGCCCUGAAUGAAGGGGGACCUUCCCACAUUAACACCACCUUCAUUAAACCUUGAAGCAUUCAUACUAGGAAAAUUGAUAGAAGGCUUCUCAUAAAAAUGUGAUGGGACAUUGUUACCAGAUUCUGCAUAGGAGAGGUUAUAUUAAGUCAUGUUAAUGAUAAUCCUGUUUACUGUGGAAUAGGUAGAUUACCAACAGGUUGAAUGGUACAACAACAUAAUGUAUAUGAUAGUGACAGAUCCUAAGUUCUGUGAGAUGUUUGCUGCAGAACGCAUUAUCUAACACCGUUUGGGGUAUUUUCUCAUUCUUCUGCUGAAUCUAACAUGGUUGUGUGUGUCCGGUCCCCCAUUGAGUAUUUCCAUCAAGAAAGAGAUAACUCAGUAAAAAAGUUCUUUAUGUAUGCAGACACAAACCUCCGAGUGUAUGUUGACCCAUUAUCCUCUAGCAUCAUGACUUGUAACCCCACCCCUUAUCAUCUCUACCACUAAAGUGUAUUUGACCCUCAUUAGUUCCUAGAAUAUUGUCUUCUGACACCCACAUAAUUGCAUUAGUGAUAAAUACUAAUGUCUGCUGACUGCCAUUAUCUCAUUUAGCUCCCAACAUAGUGUUUUGUGAACCUCCAGUACCCUCAGGAAAGCUUCUGAAAAGAAUUUUCAGGUCAUUUUGGUCAACUUUUCAUCUCCAUCUCCCUUUUGCUGUCAUAGUUCUUCCAGCUUAUUUGUCUGCCUUGAUGCCCUGACAUUUAUAAUAAUAACAAAUUAGAAACUCAUAUUAAAACACACCUCAACAUUUGUUCAA